AUGAAUUUGAACAAAUUACUGUUAAUGAAAUUAUAAAUGGUAAUGGUAAAGAAUUUCCGGGAUUAAUUAAUAUAAUAUUUCAAUAUCUCGAAUCAAUGAAUAUUGAUAUUGAAACACGGUAUCAUUUGGGAAAGUAUCUUGAGUUUAUUAGCAUGCGCGCUAGCGGCAAAAUCCAGACAACGGCAACAUGGAUAAGAAAUUUUGUACGAUCUCAUCCAAAUUAUAACAAUGAUUCAAUAGUUUCUCAAGAAAUUAAUUAUGAUCUUAUAAAAAUGGUAGAAGCAAUACAAAAAGGUCAAGUUAAGGCGCCUGAACUAUUGGGUGAAUUUAAAAUUUAG